AUGGCGGCGCCCGAGCGGAGUGGCGGGAGCGUGCGCACGUCGACGGCGCAACCGCGGCCCGGGGAAUCCCCGCGCGGCUCGACCGGCGCCUCCGCCCUCGACCCUCAGCGAACCUCCUCGCGCGCCUCCGCCAAGCAGCCCUUGAACGAGCUCAACGGCGAGGCGACGGCCGGAAAACAGAGCAAGAUGGCGCGGCCGAAAACCACAUCGAAUGGCGGGCUGGACCUACCUCAGUGUUGCAGCCCGCGCACCGGGAUGCCCACGGGCGGCUUGGCGAUGGGCAUGCCCAUGCAGACCCCCUUCGGCACCGGCAUGCCCGGCGGCGGCGGCGGUGGGUGGUACCCACAGUACCCGCCCGACGCGCAGACCGCCAUGCCCAUGGGAAUGGCGCCCUACCCGCCAGGCGGCGGCGCGCCGGGUUUCCCGGGCAUGCAGGGCAUGGCACCGGGCGCGUCGCAGUUCCCACCCAUGGGCACGCCUCCCGGGCCUGGUGCCGCACCCGGCUUCCCAACGCAAGGCUUCGGGCUUGGCUCGAACGGUCCCGUGAAUCAAGGACCCUGCCCCGGCUCGCCUUUUCCUGCACCGUCCGGCCCCAGCGUGUGCCCGUUCGCGCCUCCCGGCAGUGGCGGCGGCGGCGGCGGCGGUGGCGGCAAACAGUUCCCACCCAUGGGCCCGCCCAUGGGCCCACCCAUGGGCCCUUCCACGGGCCCUCCCAUGCGUCCUCCCAUGGGUCCUUCCAUGGGACCUCCCAUGGGACCUCCCAUGGGACCUCCCAUGGGACCUCCCAUGGGACCUCCCAUGGGACCUCCAAUGGGACCUUCAAUGGGCCCUCCGAUGGGACCCCCCAUGGGCCCUCCCAUGCCCCCGGGCGCGCCCGUGAUGCCGCAGAUGGGCCCCGGGGGUGGGCCUGCACCCUCACCGCCCCCGCAGGGUGGCUGGCGUCAGCCGCAGCCGUGUCCAGCAAGCUGGAGCUCAGGGGGCUGGGGCCAGCUGCAGCAAUCUCCAGGGGGCUGGGGCCAGCCGCCGCCGCCGUCUCCAGGCGGCUGGGGCCCACCCCCGCCUUCUCCUCUCAGCGCCGCUGCUGCUGGUGCAGCCGCGGCGUUCGGAGCCGCUGGAGGGGCGUGCUGCGUGCCAAAACCCGACGCGGAUGUCUCGCCUCCAGUAAAGCCGAAGAAGAGCGCGGCGGCUCCAGGAAAGGCGAAGCAAAGCGCCGCCAACGCUCUGGUUGAGGAAAACGUUGUAGACGUCGGGGAAGCUCCUGGCGGACAAAUUAAUGCUGACGCGAACAUCAAUGUUGAAGAGAACAUCAAUGUUGAAGAGAACAUCAAUGUUGAAGAGGACAUCAAUGUAGAAGAGGACAUCAAUGUUAAAGAGGACAUCAAUAUUGAAGCGGAUGGAGAUAUCAAUGUUGAAGCGGAUGUAGAGGUCACUAUUGAUGCGGAUGGAGAGAUCAAUGUUGAGGCGGACAUAAAUGUGGAAGAUGAGGCAGACGCAGGAUAA